AUGGAGACUCAGGACACGGCGGAGUUUGAUUUUCUGCAGUCCAACCCCGCCAGCACCUCGGGGCGCAGCGAUGCAGAGCAGCUGAAGAGCGCCCUGAUGAACGAGAAGGCGGCGCCGGAAAUCCUGCAGUUUGAGACCGACCUGGUCGGGCGCAUAGAGAGCAACAUGGACUACCAGGACGAGCAAAUAGAGCUCCUAAAGGAGAACGACGACAUGAAGCUGGUGGUGGAGAUCUUCAUGAGCGAGCUGUCGCGGAUUCGCUACCUGCUGCGAGCCUACCUGCGGGUGCGCCUGCAGAAGGUGGAGCGGCACGUGAUGUACAUCCUCGACAACGCGGACGUUGCUGCGCGGCUGUCGGGCCCCGAGUCGCAGUUUGCGCGCGACUACUUCGUGCUGUUUGGGUCUCACAUGAAGGCCAUGGCCGCCAACAAGCUGCCCGAGGCCUUCAGCUCGCUGGUGCGCCAGGCGGCGGCGCACCCCACCAAGGACAUGGUGCCGGCGCCCAGCCUGGACCAGCACGUGUUUGCGCGGGUGCUGGAGGACAGGGGCAACGCGACGGUGGACGAGGAGGGCAACGUGGCGGAGUUCAACCGCGGCGACCUCUUUGUCAUCCGCUACCGAGCGGUGCAGCAGCUGGUGGCGGAGGGGGCGGUGGAGCUGGUGUGA